AUGGAAAAUUACACGCAGCCCUCUACUGACUUCGUCCUCCUGGGCCUCUUCCCCCCAUCAAGGGCUGGCCUCAUCUUCUUCACACUCACCUUCCCCGUCUUCCUGAUGGCCCUGGCUGGCAACCUGUGCAUGGUCCUGCUCAUCCUUCUGGACGCCCACCUCCACACACCCAUGUAUUUUCUGCUCUGUCAGCUCUCCCUCGUGGACAUCCUUUAUGUCUCCACCACUGUCCCCAAGAUGGCUUCUGGGUUUCUAACUGGAAACAAGUCCAUCUCCUUCAUCGGGUGUGGGCUUCAGUGUUUCUUCUUCUUGACUUUAGGAGGUGCAGAAGCGCUGAUCCUGAUGUCCAUGGCCUAUGACCGCUAUGUGGCCAUCUGCUCUCCUCUGCACUACCCCAUCCGCAUGAGCAGGGGAGUGUGUGUGCUGAUGAUCCUGGCAUCUUGGGCCAUAGGCGCUGUCAAUGCCUGUGCCCACACAGUGUACAUCCUCCGUGUCCCAUACUGCAGGUCCAGAGCCAUUGAUCACUUCUUCUGUGACGUCCCUGCCAUGCUGACUCUGGCUUGUGGGGACACCAUGGUCCAUGAGUACACAGUGUUCCUCAGCACGAUCCUCCUUCUUUUGUUUCCUUUCAUUGUCAUUGCAUUUUCCUAUGGGAAGAUUCUCCUUGCUGUCUUCCGCAUGCGCUCCCAGGAGGGCAGGAAGAAGGCCUACUCCACCUGCAGCACCCACAUCACUGUGGUGACUUUGUACUAUGCACCAUUCGUUUAUACGUACCUCCGACCAAAGUCUCUCCGGUCUCCAGCAGAGGACAAGGUCCUGGCUGUCGUCUACACCAUCUUCACCCCAACGCUGAACCCUGUGAUCUACAGCCUGAGGAACAAGGAGGUGCUGGGUGCGCUGGGAAGAGUGACUGGAAAGUUUUGUGUUCUAAAAAUGUAA